AUGAGCCGUGAGCUGCUGCAGGAAGUGCUGAACUCUGACCUCAGCAACGAUGCGUUUCCCUUCUCCACACACGAGAUAGUGAACGCUGCUGGACACAAGGUGAGGGCCAUGCGUCUGUCGUUCGUGGGUGAGAUGGGCUGGGAGCUUCACAUCCCUAAAGAGUCCUGUCUGCCCGUCUACCACGCCGUCAUGGCCGCAGGGGCCAAAUAUGGCAUCUGCAAUGCCGGCUACAGGGCCAUUGACUCCUUGAGCAUUGAGAAAGGUUACAGGCAUUGGCACGCAGAUCUGCAUCCUGAUGACACUCCACUAGAGGCGGGACUUGCAUUCACCUGUAAGAUGAAGACCUCCAUUCCCUUCCUGGGGCGGCAGGCGCUGGAGGCCCAAAAGGCUGAGGGUCUGCGCAGACGGAUCGUCUGCUUCACAGUUGAUGAGAAAGUGCCAAUGUCUGGUCUGGAAGCUAUUUUCCGCAACGGCGUUCCUGUGGGCCACCUGCGGCGCUCCGAAUUUGGAUUUGCCAUUGACAAGACCAUUGGCUAUGGUUAUAUUCGCAACCCAGAUGGUGGAGUGGUGAGCCCAGAUUUCGUCCGCAGCGGGGAAUUCACUCUGGAGAGGAUGGGCGUCACAUACAAGGCUACGGCUCACCUGAAAUCUCCCUUUGACCCCGAGAACAAGCGCGUUAAGGGCAUCUACGGCUGAACAAAGCCAGAAUGAAACUGAUCCAGACUGAUUGAGUGUAACUGAGGUAAAUGUUUACAGGCCUUUAUCUAACACAUCAGCAUCAGCAUUCCAGACAAAACUAAAUACUCUUCUGUAUUUAUAGUCACUGUCUUAAAGGCAUGAUUCACCAUAAAGGAGCAUAGAAGAACAAAUGUGAAUUU